AUGACUUCUGAGUCACAGGCACUCGCGGUGCGCAACACUCGUACCUGGUACGAGUGGCACUGCACUUUAAAUUACAUCAAUCAAGGCCAGCUGCAAGAGAUGCAGAGACUGGGCCUGAUUGAUGGGACAGUGGUUGAUGCCGCGUCCAACCUCGACUUCGAUUGCGAGAUCUGCAUCCAGGCAGAGCACUCGCACUCUCCAUCCCUUCCCUUCAUCGAUAAUCCCUCUAUGCUGGAGGGGGAGAAUUUUAUUAAAACUCCCGCUGUCACUGAGACGGCUCUACAAACUCAGACACUGGCGAAACCAUUCAAAAAACCUCCUAUCGCACCAGCACCUACCGGCAGAUCGAUUGCUGCCAAUCUGCCAGUCGUGCACCUCUGCACUGCCAUCACCGUCUCCGGCACCCUUCCCAACACCUCCACUACCAUCCAGCACAUCCUCUAUCACCUUGAGGGCACCACUACCCACGGCCUCGCCUAUGAUCCUGGCAUCAAGGGUCUGAUCGGGUACUUAGAUGCCAAUCAGGCCCAGCCCCUUUGUUUCAUCUCCAUCGACAUUUCUGUCACCCACCACACCUCCGAAAACAAUGCUGCCGAUAUGUUCACCAAGGUGCUCGCCCACCCCACUCACACCUGGCAGCUUGCCCUCGUGAACAUGUCUGCUCAUUGA